CGAAGUUUGUGUAUGAGUGCACGCGCAGCGCAUGAGCUUCUUCCCUCCAGCAGGACCAGGAUCUUUUAGUCCUGCUCAGUACUGACAACAGAUUUGUGGGAUCUUGAUGAGACCCUCAGACUCAACUCUGCUGAUGCUUCUCGUGACGUAGCACAGCCGUACAGCGCACUUUGGAGAGCAGGGAAGCGAAGAGAAACACGCGCUUCUCUUCUCUGGACCCAACCUUUGAUUUGAACAUGCCUUUACUGUGGUGACCUGUCCGACACACUGAUCACACACCAGCCGGGGUUGGAGGGCAAGAACCCGGCUGUCUUCCUCUGGCUGAAUCGAGGGGAAUCGAACCGACACUUGCAGAUGAUCAGGGCAGUCAGAAAGCUGCUGCUUAGAGGAAUUUAUCAGUUCUCCACCAGCAGAAGGAUCAGCUCUGUUCUGUAACUGCAGAAACAGAAAAAAAAAAAAGUGGAUUUUGAAUUUAUUGUUUGUGGUGCAUGGAUGCAGAUCGAGUCCGCCUGCAAAGGAAUUUCGCGGAAAAUGUUUGCGUGAUUGGAGACAAGAAACAUCUGGCUGACCUGCUGUGGAGAGGUUUCUAGAAGAAUGUGAAACUGGAGCUACAGAGAGUCUGAAGUUCUGUCUCAGCCAGGUAUGCUUCCCACAAGGACCUGGACCACAGGAAAUCCUCAGGGUCAGUGCUUGUAUGUUGGACUGCCUGCCGUGGUCGACCCUGCCCUGGCUUAGAGGAGACUCCAUGUUCUGGCUCAUCCUGUCCUCGCCACACAGCCUGCACCGUCACCUGCCUGCUGAUUGUGCAAUUAUAUCCCUUCUGCUUUUCCCUGCAGCUCCACUCAUUGUAAAAUGGCAAGAUAUUCAAAGGCCCCGACUGUCUCCAACCACUGCUUCCUCUCUCUGCUGAUGCUGAAGAGUUUCUGGCUGUUAGGUUCUACGUCUCAGAAGCCUGCUCUGGUGACAGACUCGCAGCAGCCCCAGCAGGAAUUCGCUCACUCCAUCCGCUUGGAUGGCGACAUCAUCCUGGGUGGCUUGUUCCCGGUGCACGCCCGUGGAGAGAGAGGCAUCCCCUGUGGUGAGCUAAAGAAAGAGAAGGGCAUCCAUCGGCUAGAAGCCAUGCUCUUUGCCAUUGACCUCAUCAACAAAGACCCAGAGCUGCUGCCCAAUGUGACACUCGGUGCACGCAUCUUAGACACAUGUUCACGUGACACCUACGCACUGGAGCAAUCCCUCACCUUUGUACAGGCACUUAUUGAGAGGGAUGGCUCUGACGUCCGUUGUGCUAACGGAGAACUACCCAUCUUUGCCAAGCCAGAUAAAGUGGUGGGUGUCAUCGGUGCAUCAGCUAGCUCUGUGUCGAUCAUGGUAGCCAAUAUCUUGCGACUUUUCAAGAUUCCUCAGAUCAGCUACGCCUCGACGGCUCCAGAGCUCAGCGACAACACUCGCUAUGACUUCUUCUCUCGUGUAGUUCCUCCAGAUUCCUACCAGGCUCAGGCCAUGCUGGACAUUGUCACAGCCAUGGGCUGGAACUAUGUUUCCACACUCGCCUCAGAGGGAAGCUAUGGCGAGAGUGGAGUCGAGGCCUUCGUCCAAAUCUCCAGAGAGUCAGAUGGGGUGUGCAUUGCUCAGUCUCUGAAGAUUCCUCGCGAGCCGAAACCUGGCGAGUUUGAUAAGAUCAUCCUCCGUCUAGUAGAGACGCCCAACGCCCGAGCUGUCAUCAUGUUUGCCAACGAGGACGACAUCCGGCGAAUCCUGGAUGCAGCGAAACGCAACAACCUGACAGGUCACUUCCUGUGGGUGGGCUCUGACAGCUGGGGUGCCAAGAUCUCUCCGGUGGUGCAGCAGGAGGAGGUGGCCAAGGGUGCCAUCACCAUCCUCCCCAAGAGGGCAUCAGUGGACGCUUUCGACCGUUACUUCAAGAGCCGCUCUCUGUCCAACAAUCGCAGAAACGUCUGGUUUGCUGAGUUCUGGGAGGAGAACUUCGGGUGUAAGCUGGGAAUGCACGGCAAGAGACCUGGCAGCCCCAAGAAAUGUACAGGGUUGGAGAAAGUUGGACGUGACUCCAUCUACGAGCAAGAGGGGAAAGUGCAGUUUGUAAUGGACGCUGUUUACUCCAUGGCCCAUGCGCUGCACCACAUGCACCGCGAGCUCUGUGCCGGAUACCCUGGCUUGUGUCCGCGCAUGGCCCACAUCGAUGGGAAGGAGCUACUGGCCCACAUCCGUGCCGUUAACUUCAAUGGAAGUGCAGGAACUCCGGUCAUCUUCAAUGAGAAUGGUGAUGCUCCAGGACGCUACGACAUCUUCCAGUAUCAGAUUAACAACAGGUCGACAGCAGAGUACAAGGUCAUCGGACACUGGAUCAAUGAACUGCAUCUAAAUAUGGAGGCUUUGCAGUGGACCACUGGCAAGUCCUCUCUGCCAGCCUCGGUGUGCAGCCUGCCCUGCCACACUGGCGAGAGGAAGAAGGUGGUGAAGGGUGUCCCAUGUUGCUGGCACUGUGAGCGCUGUGAAGGAUACCACUUCCAGGCCAAUGAGUUUACGUGUGAGCUCUGUCCCUAUGAAAAAAGACCCAACCAGAACCGCACUGGCUGCCAGCCAAUCCCCAUCAUUAAGCUGGAGUGGCAUUCGCCCUGGGCACUGGUGCCAGUCUUCAUCUCUGUUCUCGGCAUCAUCGCCACAACCUUUGUCAUCGUUACCUUCAUUCGCUACAAUGACACACCCAUUGUGCGUGCCUCUGGUCGGGAGAUGAGCUACGUCCUGCUGACAGGUAUCUUCCUGUGCUACAUCAUCACCUUCCCUAUGAUCGCUGCACCUGAUGCUGCCGUCUGCUCCUUCCGCCGACUCUUCCUGGGCCUUGGCAUGUGCUUUAGCUAUGCUGCAUUGCUCACCAAGACAAACCGCAUCCAUCGCAUCUUCGAGCAGGGCAAGAAAGCAGUGACUGCACCACGCUUCAUCUCUCCAGCCUCCCAACUGGUCAUCACCUUCUCACUCAUCUCAGUUCAGCUGUUAGGUGUCCUUGUGUGGUUUGCCUCUGACCCACCGCAUACCUUUGUGGACUACGGCGAACAACGCACGCAGGAUCCUGGGAACGCCCGUGGCGUCCUCAAGUGUGACAUCUCCGACCUAUCACUCAUCUGCUCCCUAGGAUACAGCAUCCUCUUGAUGGUCACAUGCACUGUAUAUGCUAUCAAGACACGCAGUGUACCCGAGACUUUCAAUGAGGCCAAACCCAUUGGAUUUACUAUGUACACCACCUGCAUCAUCUGGCUCGCCUUCAUCCCUAUCUUCUUUGGCACGGCACAGUCAGCAGAGCGGAUGUACAUCCAGACAGCCACAUUGACGGUCUCCCUCAGCCUCAGCGCCUCUGUCUCUCUGGGCAUGCUCUACAUGCAGAAGGUCUACAUUAUUAUCUUUCACCCCGAGCAGAACGUCCCCAAAUGCAAACGCAGCUUCAAGGCAAUUGUCACUGCUGCCACCAUGACCACCAAGCUGUCGCACCUGGCAGCUGAUCGGCCCAAUGGUGAAGUGAAGACAGAGCUUUGUGAGGGUGUGGAAGCCAGCGAAUGGGAAGCCCCUUUAUAGAAGUGGCAGGAGGAGAAUUCAGGCUGAUCCUGGUUCUGGAGAGACCGAUUCCCUCCGGAGCGCAGCGGAGGUUUGCUGGAGGAGGCGGAGGCCAAGGAGGCAAUUGACAGCGGAGAAAGAGGUUCCGGACUGGAAGGAGAGGACUACAAAAGAGCCUGGGGAGGAUGACAAUGCAGGUGGAAUGGCAGUUGGAGGAGAGUGACCAGGGGAGACAGCCUGAGGCCGGGAACCGGGGCAGGGGGAAACACCGAGGUGAAGCAGGAAAAGACCCAGAACGUUAUGACACGUCACACUCGCAGCGGCAGGGCUAAUAGCUCUGCCUGGUGUGUGAGUAUCCCUUUGGGCUGUUCAUAACGUUCUGGUGUGUGUACAUCCCCGGCCUGAGGAGCCACCAGGGAGUUUGGGCCCCAUGAAAAGAAAUUUUACUGGGCCCCUGUAGCGCCGGACACAAGGCCGGCGAAAAUAUUUUGUGCUGUUUACAUAAAACUGUGCAUUUUAAUGAUAUUUUUGACUAUUAUUUCCCAUAUUUGUGAAAAGGACAAUGUGACAGUUACUUGGUAGGGGAAGCAUUGAACACUCUGAAUACAAUGUUUCAUUUAUUUACUGCAAGAUUGAUUCUCAUUCUUCAGCAUAAAAUUUCCCCAAAUUAAAUUACAUACGUGAAUAAUACAAAAAUUGAACAUAAAA